GCUGCGCCCCGGGCAUGGCCAGCCCCGCGCGGGCCGGCUUCCCUGCGCGCGCCAACAGCCGCCUGGACGCGUUCCUGCGGCGGCACCUGCCGCCCGAGGUCUACGAUGCCAUCCGCGCCUACGAGCCGUGCAUCGUGGUGUCUGACUCGGAGAACCACACCUUCAAGUACGUGGUGCUCAGCGACCGGCUCAUCUACCUGACCGAGAACCCGCCCAGGUCCAUCCAGCGGGCCGUGGCGCUGCGGGACGUCGUGGCCAUUGACCUGAUUGAUGAUUACCCAGAAUUUUUGAGUUCACCAGACAGAGAAAUCAACCAACACAUUCGUAUCAUCUAUUCUUCAACUGUUUUGAAAAAAGAGUGUGAAAAGUCAAAAGGUGUCAGAAAGUUCCUAGUUCCAUUUCAUUGUGCCAAAGCUAAGAAAAAAGUCAAGGAUGGGAAUAACGGCCUUGCCUUUUGGAGAAGCAAAGAACCUAGAAGUCUGAAUGAAUCCUCUCUCAGGUGCCACCAUGAGAGCAGCACGCCAUCCAAGGACUCUACUCUCUGUCCUUCAGACAUCAAGAAGCUGUCCCUUCAAGGGCAAGGUGCCUUUCGACCCUUACCUUCCCCCUCCAGGAGGAGCUGUCAUUCCGUACCAGCUACUGGCCAGGCUGUCAGCGAGCCAUCUUGCACAACAAACACAAAAGAACCCCAGGGACUUCCAGAUCACAAAGACUCUCUAAGAGAAAUUCCUUUUAAGAGCAAUGGGAACGGAAAUGAGUCUGACUUAGGAAAUUCCUUCCUAGUUUCCCCUUUACAGAGCAACUCAAACAUAGAGAAAAAGGAGUUGGAACUUCAUUUGUAUGUUAUUUCCACAACUUCGUCAAUAUUUCUGCACUUAAAAAGUUCAUGGAAAAAUUAUAUUAUAAAAGCUACUCUUUUACAAGAUCCCCUAUAUGCCAGUGAGUUCAAUCCUGCUACUGCAAGUCCAAAGCCAUAUAGAUCUGAGGAGAAAAUUAAGCACUUCAGUCAACUUAAAUCUGAACUUAUUCUUAAAGACAAUACUUUGAAGAAGAUACUUUGUUUAAUUAUGGAACUUAAAGUAGCAGCCCAAAAAAAUUUCAUCCUGAAAAGGCUUUUCUGGAAAACCAGUGACCUUUUCACUUUCCUAGUGAACAAACUUCGUGAGUACUUGCCGGAAUCUAGGGAUAAGAAUGCACUUGGAAAUCAAAGGCAAAGGGCUGAUGAGCUGAUGGCAUGCAUCGAAAUUAUACAGACCCUAGGACUGAUGUUCAGAGAAACAGAAACUGAGUCAUCACGCCUGAACACAUUGGCAGCUAAAAAGGGAACACUAUUUAAUCUCUUGGUAAUUUUAAUUAGUGAGCCUCAGAUUCCAAAAUCUUGUCCCAUGUUUGAUAUCCAGUUGGUGGCUGAUUCGACUUUAGUUGAAAUGUCUUUUGAUGCUAAGUUACAGAAGCUUAUCCUGGAAUAUACAGAUACAGCUACAGCACUUUUAUAUGAGAUACUUCUUGUCUUUCAGCAGGGAAAUCUUGGAUUGGGUUCCACCAAGUUUGCUAUUAGCUGGAUGAUGUCCUUUCUACAAAGCUGUCCUGCCAUAAUUACUUUUGUGGCCAGUAUUGUGAAACAAGUGGUGAAGGGGCUUUCAGCUUCAUUUCAGCUGCUCAGUCCCUGCCAAGCCGUCCUGUUGUACCAGCAGUUUUACAUCCUCAAGAGCUGCCUGCAGUACAGCAAGACUCUAGCUGAGUAUAUUAGGAAUGACUACAGAGAAGAAUUCAGGUAUUUUAUUCACAUGCCAGCCUUGGAAAAAAGGCUCCCAUUGUGUUACCCUAUUACUCAACCUACUACUCAACUUUUUCAUGAAGUUCUGAAAUUGGUUGAACAGAAACAAUGUGUAAAAUGUUAAUAGGAGUACAAAAUGUUAAUCAGGUGUCAGCUUAAUAUUUAUGAGAAACAUUUUUGAUUUAUUGUAUGUCUGGCUAUCUGCAAGUCUUAUAAACAAAGGUGUUAUUUGAAUGGUCCAUCAAUGUCUCUUGAAGAGAAAUCUUUAA